CGAAAGAAAAAUCGCCGAGUACUUGCAGACACUAAAACCCUAAACAGCUAAACCUAAUAAUCCAGAGUUGAAUAGAGAACGUCUCUUUCUUCCUUGUCUUCUCUCUGCAAUAGUUUUAUCUUCUUCUAACUUUGCAUUUUGAUUCUUCGUGUCUGGUUGUAGUUCGAAUUCUCAAAUAAGCGUGUUUCAAUGGGGAAAAAGAUUGGGAAAAAACAAGGUUUUGUCCCUCCUCCUAAGGCGGUGGAUAUACCAGAAGAUGAAAUCUAUUUCUCAGACGAGGAUGUAUCAUUUUUCCAAGAAAAUACAGGAGCUGCCAAGUUUAUUAAAUCCAUUGAUACUAAUCUUCUGACCAACGUUAUUGAGCGAAAUUAUAAAAACAAAGUGGAUAAAAAGAAAGAGGAUAAAAAGAAAGAGGAUGAUAUCGAGGAUCGGUACGAGAGGGUUCAUAAAAAAAGAAUGUUGGAGAAACAAACAGAAGAAAAUAAGCUUGAAGUAGAUCGUGAAGAUGCCCUUCCUAUUAAAACCUUGGAUGGAAAAUUACUAUACAGGACUGCUUCCAAGGAAGCUAAGAGACCUGCAAAUGCAACAAAGGAAGAUGAAGAAGGUUCAGCGGAUGAUAAUGAAGAUGGAGCAAAUAUAAGUGUCGUAAAGCUUACAAAGCCAGAAAGGAGAGCUAAGAUGAAGAAGACUAGAAAAGAGGCAAAGAAGCAGCAAGGAAAGGAGAUAGUUAAUGCAGAUGAGGUGGAAGUGGAAGUUGACCCUAAAGCUCAAGCACUGGCUGAGGUGAAAGAAGAACUUUCAGCUAAAGAAGUUUUUACAAAUAAGAAGAUUAAACUGGCAGAGUUGGGAACGGCACUGUUUACUGAUCCAGAGUCAAAUAUUAGAUCCUUAAAAGAGAUAGUGCAGCUUUCCAAGGAUGAAAAUCAAGAAAUCGUUAAGCUUGGGCUCCUCUCCUUAUUGGCUGUUUUCAAAGAUAUCAUUCCUGGUUACCGGAUCAGACUUCCCACCGAAAAGGAGCUGGAGAUGAAUGUUUCGAAGGAAGUAAAGAAAAUGCGAUUCUAUGAAUCCACACUGUUGACCUCUUAUAAGGUGUACCUUCAGAGACUAAUAGCCUUACAGAAGCAAUCAUCCUUCAAACAUGUUGCUGUACGUUGCAUGUGUUCUUUGCUGGACGCAGUUCCUCAUUUCAAUUUCCGCGAGAAUUUGCUAACUGCUGUCGUCAAUAACAUGAGCUCCCCAGAUGAUGUCCUAAGGUUAAGGAAACUUUGCUGUACAGCUAUAAAGUCACUAUUUCUUAAUGAGGGCAAACAUGGUGGUGAAGCAACUGUGGAGGCUGUUCAUUUGGUUGCAAAUCUUGUAAAAUUGCACGAGUGUCGGCUGCAUCCUGAUACCAUUGAGAUUUUUCUUUCAUUAGCUUUUUCUGAGGAUAUUGGGAAGGCUGAUAUGUCAAAAGGAGAGAAAAAGAUUGGAAAAAAAGAAAAAAGGAGAAUGAAAAAAGCUGAAGAGUCGAACAAACCACAAAAAGAGAACAACAAAAAGAGAAGCAGGCAAGAUUUGAAGACAAAGACUAGAGAUGAGGUUGAUGCCGAUUUGAAAGCUGUGACCUUUGCUCCAGAUGUGAUGGAGCGAAGAAGAAUGCAAUCAGAUACUCUUACUGCCGUAUUUCAAACAUACUUUCGCAUCUUGAAGCAUACCACAGAGACAAGUUCAACCAGGACUGCUAUGAGUACACGUUCUUCAUUUGGUGGAUUUGGGGAAUACCCGUUACUUGCUCCGUGCUUGAAUGGGUUGGGGAAGUUCUCUCAUCUUAUCGACUUAGAUUAUAUGGGUGAUCUUAUGAAUUCCCUCAAAAAACUUGCCAGUGGUGGUACCGACCUGGACGCUACUUACGAAAAUGGUUUAACUGUCUCUGAACGUCUCCGAUGUUGCAUUGUGGCCUUUAAAGUGAUGAGAAGCAAUUUAGAUGCUUUAAACGUGGAUCUGCAUGAGUUCUUUAUUCAGCUUUACAACCUGAUGCUUGAGUACAGACCAGACAGAGAUCAGGGAGAAGUGCUGGCCGAAGCUAUGAAGACGAUGUUAUGUGAAGGACGACAACAUGAUAUGCAAAGGGCAGCUGCAUUCAUAAAACGGCUCGCGUCAUUCUCGUUAGGCUCUGGAUCUGCACAGGCCAUGGCAGCUUUAGUCACACUGAGGGAUCUACUUCAAAAGAAUAUCAAAUGUCGGAAUCUGUUAGAGAAUGAUGCUGGUGGUGGUUCCCUUUCAGGUUCAGUUGCGAAAUUUCAACCAUAUGCAUCGGACCCGAACCAAAGUGGUGCGCUCGCAUCUGUUCUCUGGGAUCUAAGUCUAUUAAGCAAUCAUUACCAUCCUAAAAUAUCAACAGUGGCAUCCAGCAUCUCAAGCUUGUCUGCUGAUCCAAAUCAAGUUUAUCUCUACACCACCACCCCUCAACAAGCUUUUAAAGACUUAUCGAUCGAGCAUGAAUCUUUCAACCCUAAGGGUACUCUCGGGACAGCUAGUCGAAAAAGGAGGAAGUUAAGUGAAUCUUCUAUAUCAGGAAGUACCAGCCUUCAGCCAAUUCAAAAUGUAGAAAAUCUCAUAGACGAAGAAGAUACGAACAGUAAACUAUCCCAGCAUUUUAAUGUGCUCCAAGACAUCACAGAAAAUGAGAAACUGAGGAAAGAUAUAAAAAGCACGAUUUCCUCACUAAGAGUGCGUGUAGAGUACAAGAAGCAGAAGAAGAAAAACAAAGGUUCAAAGAAAAGUCAAGAUGGUUCAAAGAAGAAAAAGGGACAGAUUAAAAUUGCUUGAUGUAUUCAUUUCUGGACUAAGGUCGUUUACAGAUUCUUUCUACCACAUGCAAAGUUGUGGUGGAAUCAAUUGUCAUCUUUUUAUUGGUGUCACAGAACCAGUACUGUUUUGAUUUGUAAUUAAAAUUUCCAGUGACCUGUUUUAAUACCCAGCAUUUUUGUGCA